GCAUUUCAGACUGAUAAACCUAUGCUGCCAUUCAUGAGUAUCAGUUUGUACACUUUGUUGAAAUCAUUGUUGAAUAGGUUUAUCAAGGGUGAACUUGUUACCGAGGCAACAUCUCCUCUGAAGAUCCUGAGGUUGAAGCCCACUGAUAAAGAACAGCAGUUAGACUACCAGAAAGUUGAUGUUGGCUUUGUGGCACAACACAUGCUGAAAGAAAAAUCUGGGAAAUUGAGUGAAAGGCAAGUUCUUCAAUUCAGAAUGGAAUGUAAAGAUUUUCUUGCAAAAACAGCCUCUAAACUGCUUGACAAAACACCAAUAAAUUAUUGACUAGUAAGAAGUAUGUCUUGUCUGGAUCCAAGGCUAAUGGCAUCAGAGAAAGAAGGAUGUGUCAAAAAAAUGAAAAGAGUUCUUGAAAUUCUUGUGGAAGCCCACAGAUUGAAGGCUGAUGAGUGUGAUGAGGUGAUAUAUCAGUUUGGACAGUUUUUGGAUGAAUGUGCAGGUAAUCCUGACUUUGAAGAUUUUGACCCUAGUGAAUCCUCUUUAAGAGUCGACACACUGUUAUAUGAACACAUGGCUGGUAAUAAGCAACUGGCAAAAGCAUGGGGGGUAGUUGAAUUAUUGCUGCUAAUGUCUCAUGGUCAAGCCACAGUUGAAAGAGGAUUUUCUGUAAACAAAGAAGUGGCAGUUGAGAACCUGUCGGAAAGAUCGUUCAUUGCACAGAGGAUUAUUCAUGAUCAUAUUGAAUCAGUUGGAGGCCUUGCCAAUGUAAAAAUCUCAAAGCAACUACUUAUGGCAUCUGCUGGAGCGCGACAGAAAUAUAUUUCCUAUCUAGAAGAGCAGAAGAGAAUUAAAGUGUCCCAGGAAAACACGCUUAAAAGAAAGGCAGCAAUGGAUGGGAUUGAUGUGCUGAAGAAGAAAAAACGGCAAAUUGAAACUGAUAUAGAGGCUCUUUUAAAGACUGCAGAUGAAUUUGCAGAUAGGGCUGAAGAUUCAAGAAACCUUACUUGGGUUGCCAAAUCAAACAGUUUGCGAAGAUCUGCCAAGGAAAAAAGGGCAGUCUUAAAGGACAUUGAAGAGCAGUUGGAAGGAAAGCUCCAAGAGCUGAAAAAUAAUUAACCCCACUUUGAAUCCCAAGAUGUGAAUAUUAAUUCUACUUAGUAUCAGUCACGGAUUUCUGAUGUUACUUCUGAGAUAUUAAGAGUUCAAUGAAAGAAGUUGAUAUUC